GCUGGGGUCACAACAUCCCUGACUCUGAGCAGAGUUCUUGCUUCAACAGUGAUUGAACGGAACACUCUCUGAGUCCUCAGCUCCUUCCUCCAACCUCUUCUAUUCCUGCAUUGAGACUUUUUAUUGCCUUUUGCGCCACCAAAACCAUCAAUAAGCCGCAAUGGAAUCCCAGGUGCGCCAGAACUUCCACCGCGAUUGCGAGGCUGCCAUCAACCGCAUGGUGAACAUGGAGCUCUAUGCCUCCUACACCUAUCUCUCCAUGUCCUUCUACUUUGACCGUGAUGAUGUAGCCCUUCAUAAUGUGGCGAAGUUCUUCAAGGAACAGAGCCAUGAAGAGCGAGAGCAUGCUGAGAAGUUACUGAAGUAUCAGAACAAGCGUGGGGGCCGCAUUGUCCUGCAGGACAUUAAGAAACCUGACCGUGAUGAGUGGGCCAACACUCUGGAGGCCAUGCAGGCUGCUCUGCAGCUGGAGAAGACUGUGAACCAGGCCCUUCUGGAUCUUCACAAGGUGGCCUCUGACAAAGUUGACCCUCAACUUUGUGACUUCCUGGAAUCUGAGUACUUGGAAGAACAGGUAAAGGCUAUUAAGCAGCUUGGAGACUACAUCACCAACCUGAAGCGCCUUGGGGUACCACAGAACGGCAUGGGCGAGUACCUGUUCGACAAGCACACCAUGGGAGAGAGCAGCAGCUAAGAUGUCUCCUACAUGGAUACUACCAGUCUGUUCUGCAUUUACAAUUCCCUGUCUCUGUGGAAUGAAUAUAACAACCCCCGACUCUUUGUGGGCCAGUAAUCCUUUUGUGAUUCCCUCUCUUGCCUAAGCAGACGUGACUGUGCUUGUCAACAAGUUUUCCAAUAAAGUUUUUCUGCAUUCUAA